CGAUAGUUGUAAUACUUCCAGGAUCAAUGGGUUCAAGCAAGGAGUACUAUAUUCGUAAUUUGGCCAAAUCACUUCACACUCGCGGCCCAAAUAAAUGCCAUGUUGUUGUGCUUAACCACCGCGGAUGCAACCGUACUCCAGUAACUUCUGCGCGUUUGCACAGCUUUGACUAUACUGGAGAUUUGCAGGAAGCUGUUGUUCACUUGUCUACGCUUUACCCUAGUGCACCGCUGGCUGCUGUUGGGUUUUCACUUGGCGGAAACAUUCUGACAAAAUACCUGGGGGAGCAAGGUGAAAACUGCAAGCUGACAGCUGCUACAACAAUCUGCUGCCCGUACGACGUAACCAAGCUGUAUGCAAGACUAAAUGAGCCCAGACUAUUUAACAAGCAUGUGUUGCAGCCAAGCCUGUCAAGUGCGGCAAGAAGCUUUAUUAGGAAGCACGCUGAUGCAAUUCAAAAUGCCCCGGACGAAUACGAUAUUGAUACCCUCCUUAAAGCCAAGAAUGUUACGGAAAUUGACACCAUGCUCACUUCGCGCAUUUCAGGAUUUGAUUCUUGUGAGCAGUAUUACCGCGAGUCAUCCAGUGGUCCAUACGUGCCAAAAAUUGCGACGCCGCUCUUGGCGAUUAACAGCAAGGAUGACCCGAUGGUUACAGUUGAUGCUAUUCCAAUGGAGGCUUUCAAAAACAAUCCCAACACUGCGUUAAUUCUCGUUGGCAAUGGUGGCCAUCUGGGCUUUUUUACUGGUAUUAUUCCAAAGAUUUGGUAUAUUGACCCAGUAAUUCAGUUUUUCACUGCUUACCUUUAAAAUGAAUACUUGC